AUGGCGGUGUCGCGGGCGGAGAUGGAGCGGCUGUCGAAGGAGCAAUUGGUGGAGGAGGUGCUGAGGCUGUCCGCUCUAGUGGAGGAGCGCGAGAGGCACCAGAAGCAGGAAGUGGAUUUCCAGCGUGAUUUACUCAAGUCUGUGGGUCAAUCCAUCAUAGUCACAGAUCUAGAAGGCCACAUCACCUAUUGGAACCGUGCGGCGACGGAGAUAUACGGGUGGGAGCCGGAGGAGGUGCUGGGGCGGCUGGUGUUCGAGGUGAUGGCCCUGCCCGCUGAGGACAUGAGCGAGUGCGGCGUGCAGAUCUUCGCCGCCCUCUCGCGCGGCGACAAGUGGUCGGGCGAGUGGUCCGUGCGCACCAAGGCGGGGGACGUCAUUGACAUCAUGGUGGUGGACACGCCAGUGAUGGACGAGGCGAACCAGCUGGUGGGGGUGAUAGGCGUGAGCACGGACAUCAGCGAGCUGAAGCGCAAGGAGGCCGAGAUCCUGCGGCUGAACGCGGAGCUGGAGCAGCGCGUGGCGGAGCGCACGCAGCAGCUGCAGGAGAGCAACCGCCUGCUGCAGGAGGAGGUGCAGGAGCACCUGCGCGCACGCGAGCACCUGCACCGCGUCGCACGGGACAUGGAGGCAUCGCGGUCCAAGAUCUUGGAGCAGGCGAACCGGCUGGAGAAGCUCGUGGUGGAGCUCAGGGCCGCCCGCCUCGAGGCGGAGUCCGCCAGCCGCCUCAAGAGCCAGUUCCUCGCAUGCAUGAGCCACGAGAUCCGCACGCCCAUGAACGCGGUCAUCGGCAUGACGAACCUCAUCCUCUCAACGCCCCUCACGGACGAGCAGCAGCAGUACGUGCACACCAUCCGCACGAGCGGCGACGCGCUGCUGGCCAUCAUCGACGACAUCCUCGACUUCAGCAAGAUCGAGGCGGGGGAGCUAGCGCUCGAGCGCUGCCCCUUCUCCCUCAUGAUGUGCCUCGAAGAGGCCGUCGACAUGUUCGCUCUGAAGGCGCUGGACAAGCGGCUGGAGCUGGUGUCGUUUGUAGACCCCUCCGUGCCGCCCAUUGCCCAGACCGACCCCGCUCGCGUCCGACAGAUCCUGGUGAAUCUCAUAUCAAACGCCCUCAAGUUCACGCACCAAGGGGAGAUUGUUAUCCGUGCCCUCACAGACACGGGCAUCGGUAUUCCCCCCGAUCGCAUGUCAAGGCUUUUCCGCCCGUUUAGCCAGGGGGAUGCAAGCACCACGCGGAGGUUUGGGGGCACGGGGCUGGGACUGGUGAUUUCGAAGCAGCUGGCGGAGCUGCUGGGAGGGCGCAUGUGGGUGGAGAGCGCAGGGGAGGACAGAGGCUCCACGUUUCAUUUCACUAUUGCGCUCUACCCCCCUCCGCCUACUGAGCCUGUAUUAGCAACGCCUGCCCCCGUUGCUGCUCCUGCUCCUGCUCCUGCUCCUGCUCCUGCUCCUAGCCCUUCUAUUGUCGCUGCUCCUGCUGCUGCUGCUGCUGCUCCUGCUGCGUGUGCCUCUUCUGCUCUUCCGCCUCUGCCUGUUCGCGCUCCUGCGGUCGCUGCUUCUCUCGUUGCUGUGCCCACCGCUGUCCCUGCCACAGCUAGUGGUGCUACAGCUACUGCCACAGGGCGGACAGCCCUAGUAGUGGAUGAUAGUGCGGCGGUGCGAGCUAUGGUAUCGGCGCACCUGCAGGCGCUGGGGUUUGCAACGAGGGAGCUCACGAGUGGGGAGCAGCUGCUGGAGGAGGUGGCUGCGUGCGAUGUCACCCGCGCUCCCAGCCUCGUGGUCGUCGAUACUGAGAUGCCGGGAAUGGAUGGGCUGACAGCGGUGAACAGGCUCAGCGCCUUGCCACAGGCAGAAGGGCUGCGCGUGCUGCUGCUCUGCCCCUACGGCACCGCCAACCAGGUGCGGGUGACAGCGCCCAGCAUCAGCAUGGCGGCACUAACCAAGCCCCUGCGCCAGUCCCUCUUCACCCGCGCACUGCUCCUCGCCUUCCCUCCCCUCGCCACGCCUCCAACCGGCGGCAGCGAUGGCGGUGGUGGAGAGAAUGCCGCGAUCACCUCCUGUGGUGGUGACGGGUCAAAUGGUAGGGCUGCUGUGGAUGGUGGUGGUGCCGCCGCCGCUGGUGCUGCUGCUGGUGAUGCUGCUGCUGAUGGUAGCGGCAGCAACGUCAGCAGCAUUGGUGUUAAUCUGAUCGCCGUGGGGGUGGCGAAUGAGCGCACGACACCUGGCGGGUUCAUAGUGGGCCUGGCAGACAAGCACCCGCUUAAGAUACUUCUUGUCGAGGAUAACCUGGUGAACCAGCGCGUGGCGACGCGCAUGUUGAGCAACAUGGGGUACACGGUGGAUCUGGCGGCCAACGGGCUGGAUGCUGUCAACGCGCUCGCCACCAAGACAUACGACCUCGUCUUCAUGGACAUACAGAUGCCAGUGAUGGAUGGCAUAGAAGCAACGCAACGGAUCCACCUCAUGGCACAGCAGGAGGGGCGGGUGCGGCCGCGCAUAGUGGCAAUGACAGCCAACGUGCUGCACUCAGACAGGCAGCAGUGCCUCAAUGCGGGCAUGGACGGCUUUCUUUCCAAGCCUAUCCGCGUUGCAGACCUUGUUGCUGUCGGUCUCACAAUCUCUCCAACAACCACCGUGACAUCUAUCCGCUUCUGCAGCGACGGUCGGAUUGUCGACGAGUCAUCAGCGGACGACGCAGAUUUAACGCCCCCUAGCAUGAUUCGCACAAUCAUAAUCACCAAAUCGGCCGUCAGCGCCGGCAGCACCUCAGCCGGCUCAGGGUCUGCGCACGGCGACAUCGAGGACAUGGUGAAGAUGCGCCGUGGCGCGCUGGUUUCCUCGCGAACCCUCCCCGUGGCGAUUAUGAACGGCGGGUUCUACAAGCGCUACGCCGUGCGCGAAGUGCUGGGCGUGGGCGGGUACGGGGUGGUGCGCCGGUGCUGGGACAGGAAGUCGCGCACGGAGUUUGCGUGCAAGAGCAUCGCCAAGAGCAAGGCGCUGCGCUGCAGCAGCGGGUGGCUGGGACGCAGUCGCUGCGCGCUGCGGCGGCAGGCGGAAGGCGCGAGCGGCGUGUGGAAAUGGCACACGGAAGUGGCGGCUCUGCUGCGACUGAGAGGCCAUCCGAACAUUGUGCAGCUGUACGGGGUGUGCGACGACGCGUACUCCUUGCACUUGCUCCUCGAGCUUUGCUCUGGCGGAGAGCUCCAUGCCGCGCUUCACCGAUACACCUUAGAAAAUCCCGUUGCCUCCACUGCCGGUGGGGUGAACUACACCCGGAAGGUCCGCGUGGAUCGCGGAGACAUGAUCUUUCCCAACGCCUUGAGUUUGGGUGAUGAGUACGAGGACGUGAUGGAAGACGAGGAGGAUAUGGAGAGCUUCAAAGCUCUGCCUGAGGCUGUUGCUCUUGGUAUCUUCUGGCAGCUGGUGUCAGCUGUGCACUCGUGUCACGCAUGCGACAUCGUGCACUGCGACAUCAAAUUGGAAAACAUUUUGCUGUCACAACCUGCAGCAUCAAGUGUGCCCGGAGGCUUGCGCCUAGACGAGCAGGUCCCCUUGGUGAAGCUUGGCGACUUUGGCUCUGCGCUCUGCCUCGACCAGACUCAGCCCGGCAGUAUCUUGAUGGCAUUCCGGAAGGCGGAUUGCUAUAGAGAGGCGACGAGCUUGCACAGCAUGUACUUCCAAGCCCCGGAGGUGAGGCCCAUUACCGCUGAACACCGUAACCAAACUCUAGCGCAGAUGCUCGCCUCGGCCCUAGCCAAUGACGCCCAGCAAUGUUUCCUGAAACCUCCCUCCCAACUAUGCGGGAUGGCGGUCCCUCAGAGAAGCAAUCCCAACAACGGGAAUCACAAUGGAAAUGCAGCGUGUUCAGUGGCCAUCCGAAGCUGGCAGGGUCUAUCGGACGAUGAUUACGAGGAGGCCUUUCACGAGUUCAUUGUGGAAUCACACACUCGCGACCUCCCUCGCGUACCGUCUGCCGGUCCUUUCGCCCUCGUCGUCGAGUCCGCCGAGGUACUGAAUUCUAACCCUUCACUGGCACUGGAGCUCCAAGCCAACGCCAGGCGCCUGUUACCCCUGUUUGACCUCGCACUUGCUCGAGCCAUGGAAGAGCUAUGGGUGAAACAGGCUGAGCAGGAAGAAGCAGCUCAAGCGUCAAAGUCAAGAGCAGCUGGUGCUGCGCCACCAUCAUCAUCAACAGCAGCAGCAGAAGCAGCAGCAGGAGCAGGCGGCAGAAGCGGAGGUAAACGAGCUCGUCAGCAUCUACAGUACGCAGUGAACGCAUGUGUGCGCGUGAACACGCUGGGAUCCGCGUUUGCUUGCGGAGAGGCUUCCCCAGGCAUAGGGGCUCUGCGAGUGAGGCACGAGGGGCAGCUGCUGACAGUCACAGGCACGGUUGUGCGCACAGGGACUGUGCAGAUGCUGGAAGGGCUGCGCGCAUUCACCUGCACCACAUGCAAGAGAACAUUUACAUGCUCGCCAGAACCAGAGGAGGGGUAUGCAGUGGAGGUGCCAUCUGCCUGUCCGUAUGUUGACAGCAAGAGGCGAAAGCGGUGCAAAGGGCGGGUGUUUGUGCCAGCUGACAGUCAGCGCAGCAGCAACAGCAGCAGCGGCGUAGCUGGUGUGGGCCGCGGUGCAUGCAUGGACUUCCAGGAGGUGAAGCUGCAGGAGCACGUUCACGACCUGCCUGCAGGCCGCCUGCCUCGCUCCGUGCGGGUUGUGCUGUCCAAAGACCUUGUCGACACUGUGCUGCCUGGCGAGGACGUGGUGGUGGUGGGUGUGAUGGCUUGUCGCUGGCGCUCUGUUGCUCCUGGCGCCCGUUGCCUGCUUGAGCCCAUCCUGUGCGCCAACAACCUCUGCCGGAGCAACGCUCAGGAGUUGGACGAGCAGGGGGAGGAGGACGAGGGGGAAUUCGAGGAUUUCUGGUGCGCCCAUGCUAGCAAUCCCCUCGCAGGCAGAGACAUCAUCCUGCGUAGCAUCUGCCCCCAGGUGUACGGCCUUGCUGCUGUCAAGCUCGCAGUGGCACUGAUGCUGAUAGGAGGAGUGCCACACACAGAUCCAUCUGGCACCCGUGUGCGUGGGGAGAUGCACCUGCUACUCGUUGGGGACCCAGGCACGGGCAAGUCUCAGUUCCUCAAGUAUGCAUCGAGGCUGUGCCAUCGUGCUGUGCUCACCACUGGCCUGGGAAGCAGCUCCGCAGGUCUCACUGUCACGGCUGUCAAGGACGCAGGUCAGUGGAUGCUGGAGCCAGGCGCUCUUGUGCUGGCAGAUGGUGGGCUCUGCUGCAUCGAUGAAUUCAGCAGCAUUCAGAAGGACGAUCAAGCAGCAGUGCAUGAAGCCAUGGAGCAACAGACAAUAAGCAUUGCGAAGGCUGGCAUAGUCACCACUCUACCUUCCCGUUGCAGCGUCUUUGCAGUCACAAAUCCCAAGGGUGCAUACGACGCUGACACUUCUCUGGUGGUGUACACAGGGAUUGCCAGCCCCCUGCUGAGCCGCUUUGACCUCGUGCUGCUGCUUCCAGACACCUCCGAAGCCUCGUGGGAUGAGCGCGUGGCUCAACACAUCCUUGCUGAGCACACAAUCGUCUCCUCGACUCCACCCACUGACCUCUGGUCAAUACAAAAGCUCCGAAGCUACAUCCGGCGUGUGCGCCAGUCAUUCUCCCCCAUGGUAUCAGAGGAGGCGCAGGCUGUCAUUAGCGCCUACUACCGCCAGCAGCGGCGCGACGCAGAGGACAAUGCAGCACGCACAACACUCCGCAUGCUCGAAAGCUGCAUACGCAUAGCUCAAGCGCACGCGAGGCUCAUGUACCGCACGACAGUGCUGCGACAGGAUGCAGUGGUGGCAGUCACAGCAAUGGAUGCUUCCAUGUCUACCUCGCGCCUAUUCCCCUCCCAUGCCCCCACCAACGCUGCCUUUCCCGACGACCCUGCUGCUUCUUACUGUGACAUGGAAGCAAUAGUGCUGCAGCAGUUGGGCCUCUCAACCAUAGACUCUGACACGCCCACUCAGCCCCCCUUCUCAUCCACCCCCUCACCUGGAGUUCCCCCCAACACGCCUCUCACCGCCAACCAACACCACCCGAACGCAUACUCCAUUCCACGUGCUACGGCACGUGGGGGGUUUGCACCAGGCCAAAGGCACAAGGCCCCACCAGCAGCAGCGGCAGCAGCGGCAGCGGCACCAGAGCCAGGGAUGCGGGCAGGAGUACGUGGGCAUAGUGUGGGUGGGCCCAGGUUGCAGCCGUGCUCGAGAGGGAGAGCGAAGUGGUCGGCACGGCGAGAGCCGGGUGAGGAUGAGGGAGGCGUGUAG